AUGUCACCAGCAUCCCCCAAGAACCCUCAGCUCAAGCACAUUAUCGAAAACACCAUUAGCUCUGAUCUUUGUCUGCCGUUGAUCGUCAACGAUGAAGCGCUGGAGCUGCCUCGUGCUUUGCAAUAUCCGUUCUGGAUGGGGAUACCCGAUUCCACUGAGAACUCAGAUAAUGAGAUGUUUGGAACCGGUGAGGAGGCCCCGGAGACACAGGAGAGUUUGUACAGUUCGUGGGAGGGGACAUCGGACUCAGACGAAGACUCAGAGAGUGAUGCAGAUUGCAAGUCUGGCUCUCAGCUUGAAUCGGCCGAGAGAACUUAG